UAUUGUACUGAAAAAUUGAUUUCAAAUCCAUGGUCUUCUUCAAGAAUAUCAGAGGUGGAGUGAAGGUCAGGCGCGUGAACAACUAACUAAUCAAUCACCCUUUUGUGUGCGACUAAGAAUACCUCUUUGAAAUCUGACAAUUUUCACAGAUUCGCAGUUUUGGGGACUGCAAUUUUGUUACCAGAGAGAAGCACCUGGAAAGUAUUACAAUGGAUAUGUACAUUCGAGUUAAACGUAGUAAGACAACAUACUUCAUCCGGUGCAAGGCAUCUGAUAAAAUUAUUGACAUAAAGCAGAAGUUGCAAGAACUUGUUGAUCAACCAAGUAAUAAUCAACGGUUAAUUCUACCUGGUACAGGGGAAGUAUUAGAAGACUCUAAGACUUUGGCAGAUCAAAAGGUAGAGAAUGAUGCUGUUGUAGCACUGACCUUGAGAAAAGAUGAUAAUGAGUUUGAGGAGGUCAACAUUGUUCGGCCUAAUGAUUUCUACCAAGCUCGAGAUGCAGAGGGUGCCAGUUGGUAAAGCAAUGGCUAACUCGCAUUACGGGUACCCUGCUCAUGGAAUAAUUGAUAAAUAUUCCUUGUAACACUUUAAAUGAAAUUUCCAUGUUAUGUGCUAAUAGUACUGUUUCAUUAAUUUAUCAGUUGGCAUGAUGAAAUCCGUAAUGGCUCAGGAAACAUUUCCCCAAACGAUUGAUCAAAUUGUAGGAAUAAUUAUGUACUUGUUAUAUAAUACUGAAUGCAUUGCGUGAAGAAAAUAUGGUACUUUCUGAAUCUUUUGAAAUAAAUUUGUUGGCUAUAGUCUA